CUUCUCCUGCUGAACAUACUGCUGUUACAUACUCUACUCCACAUCCAAAAAGAAAACACAAUUCAACUAGGCUCCUCCUCCUUCCAGCUGAAGAAGAAGCUCUUCAACACUGUGAUGUCAUUAUCUGUGGAUGAUUCCAGUCCUGAGCUGCUGGGUCCCGGUGUUACGCUGCUUUCCCCUUUCCAUCUCUCCCAGUUCUCCCCCGACGCCCUCAAGGACACCCUGAUGUCACUGGGGUCAGAGGUGAAGUGGGGUCUGACCCAGGCCAAAACACUGGCCAAUAAACUACUGCAGGGGAAGCAGUCGUGGCUGAAAGAGACUCUGUCUGACCAGUUGGACAGCCUACCCAGGCCUCCAGUCCCUAACCCUCCUCAGGAGUUUAGUAGGGGUCCGGACCUCUCAGCCCUGCGAUGGAAACUCUUCUCUCUCUUCACCUCCACAUCUGAAGUAAUGCCCAUGCGCAGGAGAUCAGUUCUCCCUCAGGGGGAGGCGGGCCUUACUGUGUCACUGUUGGAGGAACUGGGCGGAACCAAUGUCUACUGGAGCCCAGCCCAGCUCUCCAAGAUGGACGCCGGCACAAUCACCGCUGUCAUGGAAAUGCUGGGGGAGGUCCUUGAUUACAGCGCCGAGCAACUAGUUGUGCUCAGAGAGAAGGCCAUCCAGGUAGAUGGCCAAGCUCAGGCACAGAUCAGUUUACCCUCUUCAAGUCUACGGGGGUUCCGAAACAUACCUUAGAUCAUUGUCUAAAUCACAGUGCUCCUUGGGAUGUUUAAAGCUUGGGAAAUCUUUUUGUAUCCAAAUCCGGCUUUAAACUUCUUCACAACAGUAUCUCGGACCUGCCUGGUGUGUUCCUUGUUCUUCAU